AUGACAAGAAGAAAAAGAACAAAAAAUUAUUUAAGUGGAAUUAGAUUAGAAUGUGAAGAUAGUGAAAUAGUUUUAACAAAAGAUAAAUAUCCAAUUCAAUCGAGUGUAGAAGAUUUACAAAUUAAUUGUUCAAAUAUGAAAUUAGGAUAUCAUUGGAUACCUGAUACAUUGCUAUCCAUUUCAUUUUCAAAGUUUGAUCAAGAAUUAACUCGUAACAUCAUUGGUAAUACUCUUAAAACCAUUGAUUUUGGUGAUAGAUUUAAUCAAUCAUUAAGUGAUUCAAAUGGUAUACCAUGGUUACCAAGAACUCUUGAAUCAAUACGUUUUGGAGAAUCAUUUCAACAAUCAAUUAAUAGAGAUGAAUUACCACCAUCACUUACAUCUUUAACUCUUGAUGAAAAUUAUAAAGGUAUCAUUGUGAAUGGAUCAAUACCAAACUCAAUUAAAGACCUCAACUAUCAAUUCCAUUCAAACAAUUCAAUUAAAUUAAUUCCAAAUUCAACAGUUAGAGAUGAAAAUUCAAAAUCAAUACCUGGUGGUACAACUUCGUUGGAAUUUGAUUAUAAUUUCAAUCAAACAAUUAAAAAAGGAAUGAUUCCACAUAAUGUUACAUCAUUGGAAUUCUCUGGUUCCAAUGGUACUUACUUAGAUUCAACAUUGAUAAAUCCUUUUUCUGGUUUUAAACAUUUAACAUCAUUAGGUUGCUCAACAAUUGAAGAUAAUUUACCAGAUUCAAUAUUACCAAAUUCUCUCACAACUCUAAUUUUGGAUUGCCAAUAUUUACAAUUAACGAAUAACCUCCUCCCAAGAAAUCUAAAGGUUUUAGAGUUAUCAUAUUUUAGCCAAUCUAUAAAUGUUGGUAAUCUACCAUCAUCAAUAGAAAUAUUAAAAUUACCAUCAUUCUCUCAACCAAUUCAAAAAGAUGUAUUACCACAAUCACUCACUUCAUUACAUUUAGGUAUUGAUUUUAAUUUAACUAUCGAUAGAGAUGCGUUACCACCAAAUUUAAAAUCAUUUUAUUUUUCUAGCUCUCAACUUGUUUUUAAAAAAUUACCAGAUUUAAUUUGGCCAUCUUCAUUCGAAUCUCUUUAUAUUCCAAACGAUAGUUAA